AACAACAACAACAAUAACGUAAAGAGAAAAGUGUUGCUGGAAUGAAAGGAGUUCAUGAAUUUUCGCCUCUCUUCGGAAAAAGAAAAGAUAUUUUUUGGACAGCUAGAAGUUUAAAACAGCAAAUAGGACGUGAGAUUACAAAAGAGCUUCGGUUUAAAAGCUGUUUGAAGCUACGCUGCUUUUAGCUAGCAAAGCUAAACUAGCUUGUAAUGCUAAAAUUAGCGCUACAGAUUUAGCAGCAGUGACUCAAAGUGUGGCUUUAUGGAGGAAACGCUAUGGUUGUGUGAAAAUGCUUAAAGUCCAAAGUGCGAUAGCUGAUCUGUUUGAAGAACACAGAGAGGAACUUAGUUCUCAUCCUCAGUCCACUGAUGAUCAACAGCAGAACGUUCUGGAUGCUAUUCUGACGCCUGAAGAUCACAAUGCAGAUCUGCAUCAGCUGUCACAGACCACAGAAGAGAUUCCAUCACAGCAACAGCAAUGGAACCCAUACGUUGACCAAGAAGAACCACAGAGUUGGCAAAUUAAAGAGGAACAGGAGGAAUUCUGGACCAAUCAGGAGGGAGAACAGCUUCAACAGUUGGAGAAGGUGGAUGUCGCCAAGUUUCCACCUAUGUUUGCUGUAAAGAGUGAAAAUGAUGAAAUGCAUCCUCAAUCCUCAGACUUUCAUCAAGGCCGAACUGAAGGUAACAUAGAGUCUCUGAGCAACGGCUUAACUGAAAAAAUGGAAAUAGAAACUGAUGAAGAGGACUUUGCAGGAUCAGAAACAAAUAAAAAUUAUGAGCAAGAUAGUCAUGUACAGCCAUAUACCGAUGACACAUCUUCAGAACCUGAAUCUGAAGGCAGCAGCAGCACUCAGCAAAGCCCCACUGAGGUCGUGUUUGCAUACUGUAAGAAAUAACUCCGUUAUUGUUAUGGAAAAUCAUACAGAUGAGAAACCAUUUACCUGCUUUAAGUGUGGUAAAAAAUGUAAGCGUAAGAGUGAUCUUAAGAAACACAUGAUGAUUCAUAUGGAUGAAAAACCAUUUAGCUGUCCUGAGUGUGGUCAAAAAUGGCGAUGUAGCAGCAAUCUCAAAAGACACAUGAUGACUCAUACAGGAGAAAAACCAUUUAGCUGCUCCCAGUGUGGUCAAAAAUGUCAGUCUAAUAGUGAUCUUAAGAAACAUGUGAUAGUUCAUACUGGAGAGAACCAUUAGCUGUUCUUUUU